AUGUUAUUCCAUCUUAUUCUAAUUCAUUGUAUUGUUUAUAUGAUCAAUGCUCAAGGUUGUACAAUGGACGAUGGGAGAGUUUUAUCCCCCGGUGAAGAAGUUCGAUUAGCAAACUUUCCAUGUGCAAUAUGCCGUUGUGAUCCAAAUACACGUGAAGUUGUUUGUGAAACAGAAACUUGUCCAACUUUGCAAUGUGGAGAAGAUGAAGGACAACUUCUAGAACCUGGUCAAUGUUGCCCAGAAUGUGUUGCGAAGAGUCGUGUGGAACCAGUACUACCCCAAGCUACACCUCGUACAUAUACUGACGAACCAAGGUCGACAAGAACACCAAGACCAACUGCCGAGCCAGCACAAACUCUACCACCUCCACCUCCACCAUUACCCGAUGGGUCUCCAGGACUUCGAGGACCUGUUGGACCGCCUGGACCUCCUGGACCACCGGGAGAUCCUGGUUUCGAUGGUGAAAAUGGAUUGCCUGGUAUGCCUGGUCUCCCAGGUCCACCCCCUCAAGAUGUCGAUGACUACAUGCAACGUUCUAGAGCAAUGGUAAAAGGUCCAGUUGGUGAAAAUGUAACCAUGUAUCAAGAUAUCCGGGUAACAAUGGGACCACCUGGUGAGCCAGGUGCACCCGGAUUCCCAGGAGUCAUAGGCUCACCUGGACCGAUCGGACAACCUGGGCUGAUGGGAGAUCCCGGUCCAUCGGGAAACCCUGGAUCUAGAGGACAUGCUGGGCCUGUUGGAAAUGAUGGAAAAGCUGGACCGAUAGGAAGACCUGGGUUAAAAGGUGCUCGAGGACCACGUGGCAUACCUGGAGUCAUGGGAGAAGCUGGGCUUCCUGGAGCAAUGGGUCUACGAGGUGAACGAGGAGAACGUGGCGAAGAAGGUAUCAAAGGAAUGGCUGGUGAUUAUGGACCGAAAGGACUACCAGGACCUGUAGGACCGAAAGGUUCGAUCGGUCUUCAGGGUCAACGAGGUGAACCGGGCCCCAGAGGAUUCAUGGGACUGCCAGGACCUAUAGGAGUUGAUGGGACAGAUGGUGUUCCGGGAGCACCAGGUGAUCCUGGAGCACCUGGCCCCCAAGGAAGUCCUGGGUUGCAAGGCCCAGAGGGACCUAAAGGUCAACCUGGUCUUCCUGGCCCUAAAGGAGAGGUCGGUUUCCCUGGAUUACGUGGAGAUAGAGGAGCGCCAGGACCACCUGGAAAUCCUGGAAAACAGGGUGCACAUGGACCUCCAGGAGCAAUCGGUAAUAAAGGAGAGCCAGGAGAUCGAGGACACCCCGGAAAACCUGGGAUGAUGGGAAUCAGAGGAUUUUCUGGUGGAGAAGGAGAAAUAGGUCUUGUGGGUGCGAAAGGACCAGAAGGCUCGGUGGGGUUGCAAGGUGCGCAAGGUUUGCCAGGACCAGAAGGUAUCAAAGGUCGUCGCGGUGAGCGUGGCCCACCGGGGCCAGUAGGCGAACAAGGUAGUAGAGGUAUACGUGGUUCCGCUGGGCUAUCGGGAGCCCCUGGGCACGAAGGCAGUCGUGGUCUUCCAGGACUUCGUGGUCCUCCAGGUCCUGAAGGCCCACCGGGCGCUAUUGGUCCAGGUGGAGCACCUGGUAUAACUGGUCCCGUUGGUGAGAAGGGAGCUCAAGGAGAUAUUGGCCCAAGUGGUCUCAAAGGUCCUACCGGUCCUAGAGGUUCAGUUGGGAAUCGUGGACAACCAGGACCAACUGGUGAACCUGGUCCUAAGGGUCCACUUGGAUCUAUUGGUCGACCUGGGAUGCCUGGUGCAGCAGGAAUUCCUGGGCCGCACGGCCCUCAAGGAGGACAAGGGUUACGUGGUCUACCUGGCUCGGUCGGGAAGACCGGUGACCCUGGAGCAGUUGGAUCAAGAGGUCCCAGGGGUGACAGAGGUCCACGAGGGGAACCCGGACCUCCGGGUCCAUUUGGACCGUCAGGUGAGAAAGGCCAACGUGGGCAAUCUGGCAAACGUGGUCCUAUGGGAGCAGAAGGUAGAGUUGGUCCCGAAGGUCCACCAGGGACACCUGGGAAACCGGGUGAUCCUGGGCCAGCUGGAGAACCUGGGCAUAUCGGUCCACCAGGACCUCCAGGAGAACGUGGAGCCCCAGGACAAAUGGGCCCACCGGGCCCACCUGGAAGGGCUGGGGACAAAGGAGCUUCAGGUCCAGUUGGACGUGAUGGGCUCAAGGGCGACAGGGGCGAAAAAGGUGACAUGGGAGACAGUGGGACGGUUGGUGUUCCCGGCCUUGUUGGCAAUACUGGAAUUCGUGGUGAGAGGGGUGAAAAGGGCGAUAGAGGACCCACUGGGCCACGAGGGGAACCGGGCCCAGUGGGAGCUCCAGGACAGAGGGGUUCCGACGGUCCUAUGGGACACCCUGGACCGCAAGGACGAACUGGUAACAAAGGGAUAUUAGGAGUUCGUGGUUAUCAGGGCGACAAAGGGACACCUGGGGAUCAGGGACCACAAGGUAUUCCGGGUGAUUCAGGUAUACCAGGGCCACCCGGCCCACCUGGUUCUGUCGGAAUGAAAGGAGUUAAAGGGGAAAUGGGUCCACGUGGACCUCGUGGUGAGGCUGGUAACAUGGGAAUAAAAGGAGUUCAAGGACCACCUGGGCCUAAAGGUCACCCUGGAUUACCAGGUCAGCAGGGUGAUAGAGGCCAACCAGGUGUACAAGGAGAUCAGGGGUCGGAAGGUUUAAUUGGAGAACCUGGACCCCAAGGACCACCAGGAGAAAAUGGUCGACCAGGCCCCCCAGGACCUGCUGGACAAACUGGGCCUAAAGGUGAGGCUGGGGACCCAGGACUCGAAGGACCUGCGGGUUCAGACGGAAUGGCUGGACUUCCGGGUCCUGCAGGUGAUAAAGGGGAACGAGGAGACCCUGGAUUACCGGGUACAGUAGGUCCAAUUGGACCAGAUGGUGAUCAAGGACCAAGUGGUGCACCGGGAAAAAUUGGACCAACGGGACCACCUGGUAAUGUGGGGAAACCUGGAGAAAUGGGUCCGCCAGGAAAUGCUGGCUUACCUGGAAGAACAGGUUUACCUGGUCCUCCUGGAAAAGACGGUCAGAUGGGAAAACAAGGUCCUCGUGGUGAAGAGGGACCUCGAGGACCAGACGGGAAUGCAGGAAUGCAGGGCCCACCCGGGGCUUCAGGAGUUAAGGGUCCUCCAGGAAGCAGAGGACCAACUGGUCCAACUGGAAUCAGAGGACCGCCUGGACUAAUUGGACAACCUGGGCCACCAGGUAAACAAGGAAGUCAAGGAAGACCUGGAAAACCAGGUCCAGAUGGAUUUGAAGGGAAACGAGGUCCUCCGGGUGAAAUAGGAGCACCUGGAGUUCCUGGAAGCAAAGGACCCGUGGGAGACGAAGGAGAGCCUGGCUCAAGAGGUGCAUCCGGAAACAUGGGUCUUACUGGACCACCUGGUGAUGGUGGACCUCCUGGAUUGCCAGGAAGUCCAGGUUCAAGAGGACCACAAGGACCAAUGGGUGAAGUUGGCCUAAAAGGUGAAACGGGUCUUCCAGGAGUUCCAGGACCAAUUGGGCAACCAGGACCAAUGGGACCACCAGGUAUUCAAGGUCCACCGGGUGAACCAGGACCGCCAGGAAAUGAUGGUCCUCCGGGAGCCAUUGGUUUGCCUGGACCACCGGGAGAGUUUAAAACUGACUAUACAUCAUUGUUUAGUCGUAGAAGAGAUUCAGAUGUUGGAAUGAUGCAAGCUGAUGAACCCCGUAAUAGAGGAAGGAGAAUACGCCGUUCAUAUGAAUGGAGUGAUGAAGAUUAUGACCCAAGCAAAGAAACUGAUCCUAAUGAUGAGGAGGAAGAUAUUUUUGAAGCAUUGCGUCAAGUUGGAAGACUUGUGAAUAGUUUGAAUAGUGGGAGUGGAACACAAUUCAAUCCUGCACGAACAUGUCAUGAUUUAAAAAGAGAUCAUCCAGAGAAAAAAGACGGUAUGUAUUAUGUUGAUCCAAAUGGUGGUCAUUGGAGAGAUGGAAUUAGUGUUUAUUGUCGUUUAAGCGGUUUAGAAACUUGUGUUAGUCCUAUUACAGAACAAAUGUCAUCAAUUUAUUUAUCACAAACUAAACAAAAACGUUUAUGGUAUUCGGAAUUUUUAAUGAAAACAGAAAAUGCUCAAAUAGAGUAUAAUAUACCAAAGGAUCAAUUAGUUUUUCUUCAAAUGUCAAGUGAAGUAGCCAUACAACGAUUAAAAGUGAAUUGUCGAAAUAUACAAAAUAUAUUAGAAAUUAUAUCUUUGUUAAGUGAUAAUAAUGUGUUGAUUGAAUUCAAUGAAACUAUACAAUUAUUUUCUAUUGAAAUAGAAGAAAAUACAUGUGAGCAAAAACAAAGUGGAAGUCUUCUUCUUACUGUACGUACAAAACAACCAUCUUUAUUACCAAUCCGAGAUAUUCGAAUAACAACUAAUGGAUUAUAUGAUUCUGAAUUAUCUCUAGAAGUUGGUACAAUUUGUUAUGGUGGUAUGGAUCCUGAACAAUUCAAUAUAACAGAUAUUGAUAAUAAUAAUAAUAAUAGUAAUAAUAGUAAUAAAGAAGAUUCAAAUCACAAUAUUUAUGAUCAUAUUGAGCAUAAAUCAAAUUUUCAAGUGAAAAAGUCCAAUUUCAACGAAAUGAAUAAUAAUAAUAUUAGACUUAUAUCUGAAUCAUUUUAA